AGGGUUUCUGUUGUGAAAAACGGAACGUUUUAUGUCAUUUGCUGGGUUUAUCCACAAGAAGUUCUGAGAGCUCUCUGUGUUUGCUUAUCCAUGGCGUCCUCCCUCUCCAUCUAUCAUCCAUUUCCUUCUAAACUUACUGCUAAUUCCAAGCAUCUUUCCUCUUCGUUUCUUGCUUCACCCUCUUCAGGGUUGUCUUCAAAGUUCAAUUUCCCGCUUCGAUUCUUCAGCAAUGGCCAAUCUUCGUCGCUAAUCUCUCCCACUCCAAGGCGUCUCAGUGUUGUCUCAAUGGCGCCUCCUAAAGCCAAGCCUGGUGGAAAAGCCAAGAAGGUAAUUGGGGUGAUUAAGCUUGCUCUGGAGGCUGGGAAGGCUACCCCAGCUCCUCCUGUUGGCCCUGCUCUUGGUUCGAAGGGUGUUAAUAUUAUGGCUUUCUGUAAGGAUUAUAAUGCCAAGACAGCCGACAAGGCUGGCUACGUUAUUCCAGUUGAAAUUACUGUUUACGAUGAUAAAAGUUUUACUUUCGUGCUCAAGACUCCCCCUGCUUCAGUUCUUCUUCUCAAGGCUGCUGGAGUUGAAAAGGGAUCAAAAGAUCCACAGGCACAAAAAGUGGGAAAGAUAACCAUUGAACAGCUGCGUGUGAUUGCUGCAGAAAAGUUACCAGAUUUGAAUUGCACAACCAUUGAAUCAGCAAUGAGGGUCAUAGCAGGAACAGCAGCCAAUAUGGGAAUUGAGGUCGAUCCUCCUGUUCUUGAACCUAAAAAGAAGGAACUUGUGUAGCCAUUUGUGAGAAAUUGGUUUAUUCUUUGCCUUUUUUGUAUGCUUUGAUCUAUUUGAGGUAUCUCAAUGUAACAACAUUUACAAGUCCACAAUCAAGCUUCCUACUUCUAUAUG